AUGACGAGCAAAGGUGAAUCUAGCCAUCGCGGUGGCAAAUAUUGUGUCGCUGGCAAACCAAAUAACGUGAGUUGUACGAAUGGCCAACACACAAAAGAAGUUUCAAUCCAUCAUUUCCCAAACGCAACUAAAGAGCCUAAAAGACACACGAAAUGGGUUAAAUUUGUUGGAAAACAUCGACCGGGAUGGAAUCCUUCCGAGACGUCAUUAUGCAGCAGCCAUUUUGAAGAUUCGUGUUUCGAACAAAAUAGAAUUAUUGCAGCUUCGCUGGGUAUAAAGGAUAUAUAUUCCUGGGGCAUAGGUAAAUUUUCACCAUUGCUAUUUUUGGUGAACUUGGAAUACACCUGCUUUUACUGCUUUGGUGACCAGGUCCGGGUAAUACCCAAAAGUAUGCCUGAGGUAAUAGCCAAAG